GUUUGUAUUGGAGGAUAAUAUCACUCUACAAUGGUAGAUACUAGCAUAGUAGUAAAGGAAUCCGCCAUGCCAUGGGACCUUCAGCAAGAUUGUGUUGACUGUGUUGCUCACGCUUUUUGUGAACUGCGCAUUCAAGAGCAAAGCCAAAUUGCCAAGUUCGUGAAAAGCGAACUCGAUAGUAAGUAUGGGGCAAACUGGCAUUGCGUUGUAGGCCGUUCCUUUGGUGCACUCGUUGGCCAUGAUGGAGAGCAUUAUGUAUACUUGCAGAUAGGAGAUGUUUAUGUGCUUAUUUGGCGUAUGGAUACAGAGUGUGUAGGUAAAAUGGUAUUGUUAUGAAUGCAAACAACACGAACGGUGAUGCAACAAAGGCUCAUGGAUGCUGAAAAAAAAAGCGAAGCAGUUUAAUACAAACGGGAAAGAUAUGAUGAGAAGGGUCAAGAUCUAAAAAGGAAGGCUACUCUCACCCUUCCCGCCCAACUAUAUGGCUCCGGACGGUAAGAUAGCUUGUUCCAAUAUCCCUCCACCGCGUUGGAAAGCUUGAAUUAAUGAUAGUGUUUGCGUUAAUUGUCUUACUGUAAAAUCACAGCAAAGAAUUAUUUGCAAUUUCGUUCUUUUCCUCGUCCGCUUGUCAAUAUUUGAUGUUAACCUGAAGAAUAUAGCCGUGGAAAUGCGCUACAUAGUUUUCCCUAUCGAGAUUGUCACCUUACUAAACCUGUUAACGUGUAAAAAAUUUGUUUAUUCCUUUUUGUUCACUAUUACAAAGGGAUAUAGACGCGUCUUUCAGGGUAAUAAUUGAAGGGGCGCAAACGUUCAGGGUGAAAAUGGAGCAAAAGUAUACUAACUGUAAAUUUUAUCGUUUAAUUGCUUACUUCAGACAUUCCAACUCGAGACAUAUGUCCAUUAGUCUUAAAAAGGCAUAAUAAUACAAAAACUUACGUCUCAUUGAUCAAAACUAGAUAGUCUGAAUAGUUUAGACUUUAACAAUUGAUUGAGGCGAGUAGAAAAUGAUCUGGCGAGGGAGGGAGAAGUAAAAGAUUUCCUGAUGAUUUUAUUGUUGAUGAUACGUGUGUUUUAUGCAGCCACUUUUGCCUACAUUUGUACCGAUGAAAUGAGAAUGUAUCAUUGAUCACUUUUAUUCAUGCGCGUGUGUAUCACCCAUGGUUUUGCAGUCUUUAAGCUCGAGUCCUUUCUUAAGGUCCCUUUUGUUUUUCAACAAAGAAUUGGAUUGCUUUGGAAAGUUUAAAAGUUGUGUGGU